UCCCAAGAACCCCUCGUUCUCCUUCUCUCUCUCUCUCUCUCAGAAAAGAAGGGUUGUGAAGUCCCAGUAAUGGCUGCUGACGUGAGCUCUCUGUUUCGGGUUCUAAGUGGGUACAGCGACGAUCAACAUCUGAGUCUGGGGAGUGAUUCUAGUGGGGAGAAAUCAACGGCUUUGAUUACACGAGACUUGCUUGGUGGUGGGUCUUCUUCCAAGCUUGCUAACGAGUCCCAGGAACUGGACCUCGACUUACAGGUCCCUAAUGGCUGGGAAAAGCGCUUGGACUUGAAGUCUGGGAAAGUGUAUCUUCAAAGGUGCAGUGCUCCAAAUUCACUUUCAAUCUCAGAUCAGAAGAACCAAACCAAUCCAACAGUUCCAAAGAUGCAAGAUUUAAAUUUCCCUCCAUCAUCCUCCUCAAAAGCCCCAUUAAGUCUCUUUGAUGACACAAGCACCAGCCUGGAAUUAAAAUUAGUUCCCUCAUCACCACCCUCAUGCAAUUACCAGAGCCUAUGCACUUUGGAUAAAGUAAAAUCAGCCCUUGAAAGGGCAGAGAAGGAACCGAUUAAGCGGCGAUCUUCGUCAAUGUGGAAGUCAUCGUUGUCAUCAUCACCAUCCUACUCAUCGUCGUCGUCAUCCAUCAAAGAAACUCAGGAGGAAGAGAGUGAAGAAAAACUAUUUGCAUCACCAUUUGCAGCAGGGUGUCCUGGUUGCUUAUCUUAUGUACUGAUAAUGAGAAAUAACCCGAAAUGUCCUAGGUGCAAUUCCGUUGUCCCAUUGCCAAUGAUGAAGAAACCUCGGCUUGAUCUUAACAGAUCAACUUGAGUUCAUAUGAUUUUUGUAUAUGAUAUUCUACAACUAGUCUUUUUCAUGAAGAGUAGAUCUGUUAGUUCUUAUAGAAGAGUAAUAUGUACAUUCAAAAGGUUGUUUGCUUUUUCUAGCAUAAUUUAUAAGACUUCUAUUGGUUUAUGCCUUGUUCA